CUGCCAGUAUAAAUGUUCGCCGUCCUAUUGCAGAGUAGCCCUCAAGCCAAGUUGCCACCUAAGCUUACACGAUGCUUAACCUCGCCCUGCUACCGCUCGUGUGGCUGUCGAUCCUAGCAUCACCCGCCCUCUGGGGCGCUGCAUCUCAGGACAGCAACGUAGGCGCAUUCGUCCCCCUUCGCAUCGAAGGCGAUCGCAACACCACAAUUUUCGAGGGACGUAUCUUUACUACCGGGCACAAUGUCACCACUCCAUCCGGGGGGGAUCAUCGUUGUGACGGCACGAACCUCGGGGCCCAUCCCUUCCCGGGUUCAACUGCGACCAGUGCUCUUGCAGACGCCGCGAAGAAGGAAGGUUUUACGUUCGACGGGUCGGUAUCCCUCCAACUGACGCAUUAAUUCGAAGGAUAUGGACUGAGCUAACGUACCUCGAAACUCUAGCACAUUUGACCCCGAAUUUGACGACUUCUUCAUCACCCGCAAAGGCGAUAGCGCCGAGACGGCCACCCAAUUCUGGGGUCUCCUCGUCGACUUCGUGUUCACGGAGGUUGGGGGCUGCCAAGAGCAAGUGUCGGGGAACACGCAUGUCCUCUGGGCAUUUGACGCCUUUAACGCCGAUGCCUUUCUCUUCCUGGAAGGCCCACACAUGGCCCGUCAGGGAGAGCCCGUGACAUUGGCAGUGGGAAAUCCAAUCAGUGGGGCAAGCGUCGGCGAUGACUUCGCGCCGACGGACGCCGACGGACAGGUCACUGUGAGCUUCGCGGAAAGCGGGACACGGACAUUGAAGGCGGAGAAGGAGGGAACAAUAAGGUCAAAUGCACUGAGGAUUCUUGUCGCAUGAUGAUCAAGGCGGCCAUGGCCAGCUGGACAGUUGUGUAGUACAGGCGUACUCCAGAAAUAUCCCCGUUGAAGGGAAGAUUGCAAUUAGGGCGACUCCACAUAAGGCUGCUACACACACCGAGUGGUUCUCAGGGCGGUUCACUAAGGUGAGCUAGCAUCGCGAGGUUUGUGGUCUUCGUUCGCAGCGGUGAAGUAGCCUUAUUCGUCGAUACGACCUGGUCUCAGGUUACGCCUCUGCGUCAGACGCUGUUUUUUCACUGGUGCGAUGAGAUGAGUUCUGCAGACUGGCGGAAACCCAGCCACUCUUCGAAGGGGCGAGCUCUGCAGAGCCCAUCUCGGAUUUUAGAAGCCCCCGUCACAUGCAUCGCUUUUGGCGGGGGUGUAAGAUAGGAGCGUGUUGUAAUUUGGUAGAACCCCGGGACGAACGAGGUCUGCAUAUCUGUAAAUAUUUUUCGUCAUAAUAGUGUCAGGGCGCGGAUUUACGCAGACUGAAGGGAUGCUGCUCCCCAUGACCUUGACGUGCAAAAUGCCUUGUCAUCAAGCCGCAGCAAUAGAGGGAGCUAUACGGCCCCCGUAAGGACGAGAUAGUUGGACAUGACUGGGACAGCCGUCUCGUAUGCGGACGCGUUUUCCAUUCCGACAUGGAAGCGUGAAGGUUGUGUACGGCAUCAGCAUGCCGAACGUGCAUCGAAAAUGUCCAGAGCUGAGACGCACCCUAUAGCCCUCUGCAGACCGUCACGAGACGGCGCAGGGAUGAUACCCUGCGUGUUGUCUUCGUGGAGAGGGAUUCCUAAGGUAGCAAGGACUGAGGCCAGAAAUAUGAGAGUCCGGCGUUUUGGACGUUGGACACACCUGAAAGUCUUCUUACGCCGACCAGAGUGCCAUCCGUCAUACCUGGCGGUGGCAAAGAUGGAUUAGAAUGGUACCGCCCACUUAGGCAUCCUCAAGGCCGAG